AACAGCUGCAGGGUGACUUUUUGGAUCGCGUCCCCUUUUCCCCGCCCCAGCGAAGAGGCGGAGACGCAGGGGACGCGCGAUCCGAGCCAGGGAAAUGGGCCCGCGAGCCCGGCCAGCCUUUCUCCUGCUGAUGCUCUUGCGGACCGUGGUCAUUCAGGGGCGACUGCUGCGUUCACACUCUCUGCACUACCUUUUCAUGGGUACGUCAGAGCGGGACCUUGGAUCUUCCUUGUUUGAGGCUUUGGGCUAUGUGGAUGACCAGUUGUUUGUGUCCUAUGAUCACGAGAGUCGCCGUGUGGAGCCCCGAGCCCCAUGGGUGUUGGGUAGAACUUCAAGCCAGCUGUGGCUGCAGCUGAGUCAGAGCCUGAAAGGGUGGGAUCACAUGUUCAUUGUUGACUUCUGGACCAUCAUGGACAACCACAACCACAGCAAGGGGUCCCACACCCUGCAAGUGAUGCUAGGCUGUGAGAUUCAAGAGGAUAACAGCACCAGAGGCUUCUGGAAGUACGGGUACGAUGGGCAGGACUACCUUGAAUUCUGCCCUGAGAUGCUGGAUUGGAUAGCAGCAGAGCCCAGGGCCCAGGCCACCAAGUUGGAGUGGGACGUACACAAGAUCCGGGCCAAGCAGAACAGGGCCUACCUCGAGAGGGACUGCCCAGAACAGCUACAUCAGUUGCUGGAGCUGGGGAGAGGUGUUCUGAACCAGAAAGUGCUUCCUUUGGUGAAGGUGACUCAUUAUGUGACCUCAGCAGCAACCACUCUAUGGUGUCGGGCUCUAAACUUCUACCCAAAGAAUAACAUGAGAUGGCUGAAGGAUCAGCAGCCACUGGAUGCCAAGGAGAUGGAGACUAAGGAUGUGGUGCCCAAUGGGGAUGGGACCUACCAGGGCUGGGUAGUCUUGGAUGUACCCCCUGGGGAAGAGCAAAGAUAUUCCUGCCAGGUGGAGCUCCCAGGUCUGGAUCAACUUCUCGCUUCAGAGCCCUCACCAUCUGGCACCCUGGUCAUUGGAGUCAUCAGUGUGAUCGCUGUUUGUGUCAUCAUCUGCUUUGUCGGAAUUUUGCUCAGAAUCUUAAGAAAGAGGCAGGCUUCGAGAGCAGCCAUGGGGGACUACGUCUUAACUGAAUGUGAGUGA